AUGGUUGAACUCAUCAACCCUCCAGAGUCUCGUACUUUGCUCCCUCCUCUUCUCGCCUGUCUCCCCACAGCCUUCGUUUCCCCACGUCCGCCACCAGCUCUCCUCCCCCUCCUCUCCCCGGUCCUCCGCCAGCGUGUCAAAAUCCUGAGCGACGUAUCCUCCUCCCCCAACGAAUCAUGGCUCCGAUUACUAUGCUGGGACGCCGACAAAGCAGAGCGCCUGCAGACCGUUGUGGACGGCGCAAAGUUCGAACCCCACCCCGUCUCCGGCGAGAUUGAACUCCCCGAUGAAAUGCCCGUGACAUACAAACGUAUUGACGACGAAACACUACGUGCACAAUGCUUAUUGCCUGAUUACAACUUGGCUGUGAUUUACCUUUGGUGCCCUACAGACACAGAGGGCGGCGGUCGGGGCUGGAGAAUGGCAGAACUGCUCCCCCACGAAGGCCCCGCAGCCGAUGAAAAUACCUGGGCCUCCUCGAUCGGUGAGGCCAACGUCCAAGCCAAAGAAAGACUCUACUCCAAUAUCCUGGACUCCCCCGUGGAGGCACAAACAUCCCGCCAGAACGAGCAGCAGGACGAAGAAGAGGACGACGAUGCCGAUUACUGGGCUCAAUACGAUUCCACUCCUAAUCGCACCCCGGGGCCCAAGACCCCCGCUCCUGGUGGCUCAUCUAACCUCCCACCAUCCGGUCUGUCGGAGGCAUCGUAUUUCUCCCAGUACGGCGAUGUCCAGCCAGCUUUGGAUAGUCACGACCCCGAAGAAGAACAAGCAGGACUUGGCCCGACCUCUUUGAACGGAGAUAUGAUUGCGAACCUCAUGCGGCGGCAGAACGGGCUGGACGCUGACGAGCGGGCCCGCACAAACGGAUACGCGGUUGAGGAUAUGCCGACUGAUCGUGCCGGCAGAUCACUCAGCCACCCGAGACCUGCAUCUGGGUCUAUCUCUUCGAGCCACUCGGAUACCGUUGCGAAGUUGGAGCUGGAGGCUGCUAGCCACAGUAGCUAUGAUGUUGGCGUCAAGCAGCACAUUGGCACUAGCAUCAAGAGCUUGUUCCGUUUGGCUCAAGCGACCGGUGUGAGCCGUGCUGAGUUCAAGGCGAUGGUAGAUAUGGAGUUGGAAUUGCUGGAUCUGACUGAUCUUGACAAUUAA